AUGUCUCACCAGAUUAUACCUUUCAGGAACAUCGAGUCCCUGUUUUUGAAAAUGGUGAAAUGGAAAGAUUGCCUACACACUGACGAAGAAAACGUGAAUUUUGCCAGACAGGAUGAACUCAACAAGAUUCACAAUGGAGAGGAAGAGAACACAGCCUCCCAGACCCAGGAUCAUAUGCAACAUGUCCAGACUACACGGAUUACCACUUGGGAAGCUGGAUGGAAUGUAACCAAUGCUAUUCAGGGGAUUUUUGUUCUAGGUCUGCCAUAUGCUCUACUCCACAGUGGAUACAGUGGGCUGUUUCUUAUUAUCCUGGCUGCAGUUUUCUGCUGCUACACUGGCAAAAUUCUAAUCGCUUGCCUGUAUGAAGAAAAUGAAGACGGGCAGCUCGUAAGAGUGAGAGGCACAUAUGAAGACAUUGCUAAUGCUUGCUGCAGAGAGCUAUUUCCAAAACUUGGUGGCAGAGUUGUCAAUGUGACCCAAGUGAUGGAACUGAUCAUGACAUGCAUUUUGUAUUUGGUUGUUAGUGGGAACUUGCUGUCGCAUAGCUUUCCAGCUCUACCAGUGACUGAGAAAACAUGGUCAGUAAUAGCAUUUGUAGCCCUACUGCCUUGUGUGUUUAUCAAAACCCUCAAACUUGUCUCCCAACUUAGCUUUCUCUGCUCCUUGGUCCAUUUUGUUAUUAUCUUUGUUGUGAUAACGUACUGUCUGACCCAAACACAUCGGUGGUCCUGGGCAAGUUUCAGCCUCUCUGUGGAAUUUGAGGAUUUCCUAAUUUCAGUAGGAGUGGUCAUUUUCAGUUACACAUCACAAAUAUUUCUCCCUACCCUGGAAGGGAGUAUGAAAAAUCCUGGUGAAUGCAGAUCCAUGUUGAAUUGGACUCACUUCUUAGCUUGUGUCUUCAAGACAUCCUUUGCACUGACUGCCUUCCUGACAUGGGGUGAAGAGACAAAAGAGGUCAUUACUGACAAUCUUCCAUCAGCUUUACAGACUUUAGUGAAUUUGUGCCUUUUAACGAAGGCUCUCUUGUCCUACCCAUUGCCUUUCUUUGUGGUGACAGACAUCUUGCAUGCAUGUGUAUCCCAGAGGCAGAAAUCCAGUUCCAAAUUGCCAUUCUUUGCUGUGAUUCUCAAAAGUUCCAUUCUUCUGUUAACUAUGCUGAUGGCCAUGUUUGUGCCCCAUUUUGCCCUGCUAAUGGGAUUAACUGGCAGUGUAACAGGUGCCAUGAUGACUUUCCUCCUUCCUUCUCUUUUCCACUUGAAGCUUAAAUGGAAAAAGUUAAUGUUCUUGGAGAAAUGUGCAGACAUUUCUGUAUUUAUCUUGGGCAUCUUUUGCAGCUUAGCUGGUCUAGUGUGUUCCAUAAAAGGCCUACUCAAAGCAUUUGGGCAAAAGUAA